UCGAUCAAACAAACUCGUAAGUAUCACGAAUAUGGCGUCGAACGCGAUUGCAGAGAACAAACGGACUGUUCAGAAUUCGAAAGUCGCUGCUGUUCAGACUAGAAAAGUUCCCGUAACAAUAGAAUCCAUUAAAAUGGACCGAACGAGGAUCACAUUCUGUACCGACGUCGACAAAUCCGUGAUUGUGCAUAAUUUUGAGAAACGUGGCUGGACACAAGUCGGUCCGGAGGAUGACUGGAAUUUUUAUUGGGCUGUAACGCAGUCUUGCAGAAACAUUUUCAGCGUCGAAACGGGAUAUCGAAUGGAUGACAAUCAAAUCAUUAAUCAUUUUCCAAAUCACUACGAACUCACACGAAAAGAUCUGCUGGUAAAAAACAUCAAACGAUAUCGAAGAGACCUAGAGCGCGAAGGAAAUCCGUUGGCGGAGCGCGCAGAGAGUCCUGGCAAAUAUCUAUAUCUCGAUUUCAUUCCUGUCACUUUUGUUCUGCCUGCAGAUUACAACAUGUUCGUGGAAGAGUAUCGCAAGUUACCGCAGAGCACAUGGAUCAUGAAGCCCUGCGGCAAAUCACAGGGUGCCGGGAUAUUUUUAAUCAACAAGCUGAGCAAAUUAAAAAAGUGGUCGCGCGAAGCAAAAACUCCGUUUAACCCAAACUUGACGAAGGAAUCGUACGUCAUAUCGAGAUACAUCGAUAAUCCGUUGUUGAUUGGCAGCAAGAAAUUUGAUCUUCGAUUAUAUGUUCUUAUUACGUCGUUUCGGCCGCUCAAAGCAUAUCUCUUUAAACUUGGAUUUUGUCGUUUCUGCACCGUUAAGUAUGAUACUAGUGUCCAAGAGCUCGACAACAUGUACGUGCAUCUGACGAACGUGUCUGUGCAAAAACACGGUGAUGAGUACAACAGCAAACAUGGUGGUAAGUUGAGCGUGCAGAAUCUACGCUUAUAUUUGGAGAGCACGCGCGGAAAGAUGGUCACAGAGAAAUUGUUCGCCAAUAUUUCCUGGUGCAUCGUGCACUCGUUAAAAGCGGUUGCGCCGGUGAUGGACAACGAUCGUCAUUGUUUCGAGUGCUACGGAUACGAUAUUAUCAUUGACAACAAGCUGAAGCCAUGGUUAAUCGAAGUAAACGCUUCGCCGUCUCUGACUUCCACAACAGUGAACGAUAGGAUCUUGAAAUACAAAUUGAUCGACAAUAUCGUGUCAGUAGUUUUGCCUUCAGAUGGCAUUCCCGACGUAAAGUGGAACAAAACGCCUUUGCCGGAAGCUCUGGGAAACUUCGAACUGCUGAUCGACGAAGAAUUGGCACUUCAGGACGACAAAGAGAGUUCGUUGAGCAAGUAUCGCGCCUCCGCUCUCAAUAAAUGGAAAUAGACUUCGUCUUUUAUUUCAAUUUAAAGAGAAAACUCUCACUCAAAGAAUGAUCAUUAACACAAACAAUUUUAUUCACUAUUAGUAUAAAACAUGUACAGAUAUCUUACAGACAACACGCGUAUGUCAGCUGUGAGAGUGCAAAAAAUAACAAUAGUAAAGUUUUUCAGUCUUUGUUUUUUACAAGAAUGUAAAAACGAGAAUAAAAAUAAA